AUGACGUCCCCCGUUAACGGUGAACGCCCUUGGGCCGAAUAUGGGCGGGGCUACUCUGACGAUGUGGAUAAGAUUCGAGAGCAAGAGUAUCCUCUGUUAAACGCCUUGAUGGCAUCCCUAGAAACAACCUAUGUUGAUCAUGCCGGCACAACGCCGUAUGCCAAAUCUAUGAUCGAGGCCUUUUCUCGCCAUAUGACCUCUAAUUUAUUUGGUAACCCCCAUUCGAUGUCUUUAUCUUCGCAGUUGUCGACCCAGCGAACAGACGAUAUCCGACUCCGGGUCCUUCGAUUCUUCAAUGCGGAUCCCACAGAAUUUGAUCUUGUGUUCGUGGCGAAUGCCACCGCAGCUAUUAAACUUGUGGCUGAUUCGUUCCGAGACUCCGAUUAUCGAGGUUUCUGGUAUGGCUAUCACAUCGAUGCCCAUACCAGUUUGGUGGGAGUGCGUGAGCUGGCCGAUAUGGGCCACCAGUGCUUCCAGAGCGAUGCCGAGGUGGAGUCGUGGAUCCCUGAAUUGGCAAGCACUCCAACGAAAGCGCCGAGGUUGUUUGCUUUUCCGGCUCAAUCUAAUAUGAAUGGCCGCCGCUUACCUCUUCGGUGGUGCGAGAAAAUUCGGUCAGCCGCGGAGACUUGCAGUGGGAAUGUGUAUACAUUGCUCGAUGCAGCUUCAUUCGUAUCGACGGCUCCUCUUGACUUGGGCCCAUCCGGAUGUGCCCCGGACUUCACAGCGCUGAGCUUUUACAAGAUAUUUGGAUUUCCAGAUUUAGGAGCCUUGAUAGUUCGAAAAAGUGCAGCUCGUGUGUUUGAAAGACGCAAGUUCUUCGGCGGAGGCACGGUUGACAUGGUCAUUGCCGCCGGUGCACAAUGGCAUGCAAAGAAGGAGACUUCGAUUCACGAGCGUCUCGAGGAUGGCACUCUUCCAUUCCACAGCAUUAUUGCAUUGGAUGCGGCUCUCGAUACGCAUGAACGCCUAUAUGGCUCAAUGGCAAACAUCUCUUCUCAUACUGGGUUUCUAGCCAAGCGACUCUACGAUAGGCUUUCUGUAUUAACACAUUGGAACCAAACAAAUGUUUGCCAGAUUUAUCAAAACAACUCCGUAUACGGAUGUCCCCUCACUCAAGGUCCUAUCAUCGCCUUCAAUCUUCGGAACAGCAAGGGGGAAUGGAUACCGAAAACCGAGGUCGAAAAAUUGGCUACUGUUCAAAAUCUUCAAUUAAGAAGUGGAUCAGUCUGUAACCCUGGAGGAACCGCGCACUCCCUUGGAUGGACAGGGGCCGAUCUACGCCGCCAUUAUUCGACAGGAUUGCGCUGUGGUGAUGCUCAUGAUAUUCUGAGCGGGCGACCAACGGGUAUUCUUCGUGUCAGUCUUGGAGCAAUGACGAACAUGAAAGACAUCGACUCCGUUGUUGAUUUUAUUGAGGAAUUCUACGUGGAGAAAAUUCCUCCCAUCGUUGCAUUGAACCCCCCGCUUGAAGAACAUGAUAUUGUUGGUCGCCACUUUUACAUCGAAAGUCUUUCUGUAUUUCCUAUCAAGAGUUGCGGUGCCUUCAAAAUUCCCGAGGGAAAACGAUGGGAAGUCAAAAGAGAAGGCCUGGCGUGGGAUAGGGAAUGGUGCCUGAUCCACCAAGGGACAGGCACAGCCCUAAAUCAAAAAAGAUAUCCCCGAAUGGCUUUAAUUCGCCCUGCUAUUGACCUCGAUCGCGGCGUCCUGCGCAUAACCUGCGGUGUCCUGACCGAGCAAGUGAGCCUUGAAAUCUCGCUUGGCUGGGAAGAUAUGAGCCUGGUCUCAACCUCAUUGUGCCCCAGCUCAAAAAGAACAUCUACUGUAUGUGGAGAUCAAAUUUCUCUUCACGCCUAUGCUUCACCCGUGGUCUCAGCCUUCUUUUCCGACUUUCUUGGUGUUCCAUGCACGCUAGCAAGGUUCCCAACCCAGACUACAAAUCGGUACUCCAGACCUCCUCGUAUCUCCAACAGAUGGAAAAGCAAGUUCCGCAAGUUUAUUAUGCCGGGCUCUUUCCCACCCGACCUCCCACCUCCGGUCCGAGAAUCGGGACAGAACCCCUUGCUCCUAUCUAAUGAAAUGCCUAUUUUGGUCGUCUCGCGUUCUUCCGUCAAUCGAUUGAACGAGACCAUAAAAGCGAGCACCAAAUAUGGCGCGGGUAGCAAGGCCGUUGCGGCAGAUGUCUUCCGUGGCAAUAUUGUCGUGGCAGAGCGUCUGGCUCAACUCGGAGAUUCAGAGCAGCCCUAUGCUGAAGAUCAUUGGGCGGAAAUUCGGAUCGGGCCGGAUCAGCUUCGCAUUGACAUGCUGGAUGCAUGCCAACGCUGUCAAAUGGUCUGUAUUGAUCAAUUUACUGGCUUACGACGUGACGAGCCGUUCUCCACCCUCGCAAAAACGAGGAACAUAAAAGGAAAGGUCUCAUUUGGCAGGUAUUCUGCCCUCUCCUCGGAAGAGACGGAAGGACUUGACUCAACACCAGACCGCCGGACGGUCAUGGUGGGAGAUGUGGUUAUGCCUUCAUAUGAUGAUGCAUGA